CACUCCCUAAAACAAACAAAAAAGAAAUUGACAAUUAGGAAUUGAACAAAAUAACACCCAAUAUGUUACUUUAGAAUUGCCAUAAUUCACUAAACAGGAUAGAAAGUCAGCAUAAGGUGAUCCUAUAUCAUACCAUAGAGUAAAAAUAGUCUAUGUGGGUGCCAAGGACUGAACGUCACCUAAAGGUGAGCACAACGAUAACGCUAUUGUGGAGAUCCUACCUUAGUGCCAAAUGAGUGGAAAAAAAAUCCCAGCGAAAUAGACAGACCAAGAAUUAUCUUAAAAAUUCUUAGAUUCAAUAUUUACAGCAGAUUUAUGCUAAGCCACGUAUGGAAGGUUAUAAGAAUGAUAAUGAUAAUGAUUAGAAAAGUCGAUUAGACUUAAUGGGGGUGGAAGGAAAAAGUGGGCAAGACAAGGGGGAACCGGCCACCAAUAUGUGGUGCCAGUGAAAAAAGUUAAUAGAUCUGUUGGGGAGCGGGCUAAUUCAUUCAAACAGACUGGAAACCUGCUUUUUAUAUAAUAUGGAAUAGAACAGUGCAGUGACAAGCAAAAACAAUAAUGAAAGAUAAAAGAAAAUCGGAAGUUUUCGUCAGUUUCGGCGGUUUUUAUAUAAUUUUUCAUUGAAAGAACACGACGAAUUGUUCUCCAAAAUUCUAUAAAUAAUAGAACAGCAUUAAAAAGCCCAGGCAGAUCCACGCACUUUUAUUAGCUUUAGUUCCGCACUUCAAGCUAGAAUCUUUCAGUCUCCAUUGUUCUCUACUAUUCUAAAUCCAUUAUCUUUUAAAAUUCCAUUAUUACUAAAUCUUACCAUAGAUUCUUUGCAUUUAAUAAAUAACUCAAGCAAUUUUUGAAACUAAUCUCUUGCGCUACAUAAGCAAUUGACCUGAAUGUGUCUCCGGUAUUAUCUAUUUUAUUUCAGUAAAAGAAGCCAAAUCUAUAUGGAAGAAACUUCGGGAUGGCCAUAGACAAACUUUGAAUAAAAAAAGACACCAUCUGGGCAAGCAACAAGUAAUGACCAUCGACUCUGGAAGUAUGAAAAGCAAAUGGAUUUUCUUUUACCACAUUUGGCAAGUCGACGAAAAAUUACUAAUGCUGAAGACGUUAUACAAAGGGAUAAUGAUGAAACUGUUGAAAUUCUGGAAAACAUCCAGCUAUAAUAGAGCUCGGAGCAAAAACGGAGGGACCAAAUAUUGGAGGAAAGUGACUUUUAUCAAGUGGAACCAAAGGAACAUGUCGCGCUUAAGAAGUUUUUCGAUAGUAUGUAUGGCCUAACUAAUGAUCUGCCAGAAUAUUUACAAAUAAAAGUCCAGCUGCAAUUUUUAAAAGUGUUAUGGAGGACCGAGAAGAAAAAUUGAAAAAUGAAAAUGAAAUGCCAAUACCAUAUUGUGUAUAUCGGCAAUGUUCCUCAAACUCAAGCCUAAAUUAGGAAUUGCAUACCUCCAGAACUCCAUUAUAAACACAGGCUGUAUGACUUACAAUUUAUACAUUGACACACACACGGACAAUAAGUUCUAAGAAAUUGCUACAUACAAUAUUCCUUACUUAGGAAGUUAUUUUAUCUAUGUUCCGCCGAAGGUUCGAAUUUUUGGACUACAAAACUGCGUUUAUUUUUAUAAAAUUGUGGAGGUAAAGCAUGCAAACUAUAAACUGUUCAUCCUUUUCGGACAUUGAAGUUGAUGAGCUGUCAUCUGCCAAUAGUAGUGAGCUACUAUGAAAUUUGGUACUGCCGGAGUUAUUAUUUUAUACUUCACUGUGACGUAACUAGGAACUAUUUUAUAUUACUACCCUGCAUCUCCGUAAUUGCAUAUAUAUAAAAGCAUAUUACCUACAUUUUUUGCAUAGCAGUACCGGUAAUGUUCUGUUCACAUUAAACUGCCUCGAUAUCUUCAGUGCACAUAAAGGUGGACCAACCAUAGAAGAGAGAAUGAUAAUAAUAACAACGUCCUUUUCUAAUGCAAAGAAGAGAAGAAACUAGACCUAACCCAACUUUUGAUUUGUUAUCUAUGGGCCAAAUCAAAAGCGCUAUAAAAUUCAAAAAAUGGAUAAAGCUGAUUCGUUAGAAUAUGCUGUACUGGAAGAAAUGGAUUUGUUGAAUAUCUGCAGAAUAUGUUUGAGACGAGACGGUACUCUGACUUCCAUUAACAAUCCUGAUAAUGAUUCUAUUAAGCUAUCAGACAAACUGUCUUUAUGUGUUGUGGACGUUCAAUGGUGUAGAAGCGGUCUCUCGUCGCUAAUCUGCGAACAAUGCCUUGCUACCUUACGAAUAUCAUAUAAUUUUAGAACUAGUUGCAUAAGUACAGAUCAGAUAUUGCAGAAGUGUUUGUCAGAUAACAUUGACUUUAAGCAGCCGUUAGAACGACAACUAUUGACACCAACAAAAUUUGAUUUCUCUAUUUCUAAUCAUGAAACAAUACCAUUGCUUAGUGAAGAAACACAAAAUUCGGAAUAUCUUCAUUUAAAACAUUUUUUGGAUAAUGAAGAGGAAUUGGAUAAAAGCGAAGUUGCACAUCAGAACAGAGUAGUAUCUGGAAAUUCUACACCAGUUUCCACAGCAGAUUAUUUGGAUCAUUCUUUUAAUGUAGAAAGAUCAAUAGAUAUUCCAGAAAGUAUUGAUAUGAAAGCUGUUUCGGAAAUAAAUGACGAAGAAAGAAAUCAUCAACUAGUCAGAAAAAUUAGUAAGGAAAGUCAUCAUGAACUUGAUUUAGAGACACAAAUUUCUAACAAAGAGGAGAACUCGAAAUUUGAUGAUUCCAUACAAGUUUUGCAUAAACCAAAAAUUAUUGUUCAGACUAUUCCAUCAAUACCAGUACACUUUGGGGUUAAUAGAAAUCAACAAAUGGUGGUGAAAAAGAGUACAGGAAUUCAGGUCAUGCCAUUAGCAGAAGCAACAACAGAAAGUUGUUCUAAAAAGUCAUAUGCAUGUAAAGAAUGUGGUAAAAGUUAUAAAAAAAGUGCAAACUUAAAAAUGCAUAUGAGAACUCAUACAGGGGAAAAACCUUUUGAGUGCAAAUAUUGUGUAAAAAGGUUUUACCAUUCUUCACAUCUUAAUGAACACAUAAGAAGGCAUACAGGGGAAAAACCCUAUCAGUGUACAAUAUGUAAGAAAAGAUUUACCGUCAGAGGUGAAUUAACAAUGCAUACAAAGUCUCACACUGGCGAAAAACCUUAUGGUUGUACUCAGUGUGAUAGGAGAUGUCUAACCUUGGCAGACCUGCGGAUACAUGUUCGAACUCACACCGGGGAAAAGCCUUACGAUUGUGACAUGUGUGGUAAAAAGUUCGCCAGUUUGUAUAUACUAAAUUCACAUAAAAAGACUCACACCGGUGAGAGACCAUAUGCCUGUGAUAUUUGUAGUAAAACUUUCACUCAGUCCUCGCAUUUGAAUGUCCAUAAAAGGAAACACACUGGUGAAAAAUUUCGAUGUAAAAUUUGUGAUUCAAUUUUUGCUCAUCCUUCUCAACUAACUGUUCAUAUGAGGGAGCACACAGGUAAGCAACCAUAUAAAUGCACAGUGUGCGAAAAGGUGUGCAAUUAUGCAUCGGAAUUACAAGUACACAUGAUGAAACACACGGGCGAGAAAUUUAGCUGUCAGACAUGCAGCAAACAAUUCUCCACGGCAGCUUAUUUGGCUGAACACAGUCGCACCCACACUGGUUUUAGAAGCGUUCUGACUCUUACAUUGGCUUUGAAUAGUGCCGAAAUUUUUGGUUCAGUUAGAGUGUGUCUGACAUAUUGGGAUUACUAUGUUCCCUGGAAUAGCCGUUGCUGGAGAAAUGAUUAUGAUAUUUUAGAUGUUACUGGGAUAGCAAGAACUUGGGGUUUUAAAACUUCCUCUUAUACUUUAACUUUGGAAGAUGGGUAUAUAAUAUCGGUAUUUCGAGUAUAUAAAAAUAUUACGCAAAAAACACCUAUAGUAUUGGGUCAUGGAUCCGUAACAAAUCCAUUUAGUUGGGUGUUUGCGGGCAACAAUUCUUUAGCGUACGUUCUAGGGAACUUGGGUUAUGAUAUCUGGAUGAUGAGCUGGCGUGGUACUAUAUUCAGUAAAACCCACGUAACUCUUUCUAACAAGGAUCGUGCUUACUGGCAGUUUACUUUUCAUCAAAUGGGUAUCUACGACGUGAAAUCUACGAUGGAUCUUGUAUACAACAUCACUCAAGAAAAAGCAAUUUAUAUAGGUUAUUCCAUGGGAACGACAAACAGCUAUGUUUAUUGUUCAAUCCUUCCGGAACAUUGUCGCCAGAGAUUGCUUGGUGUUGUUUCCUUUGCCCCUGUUGGUUACAUGCUCGGUGCCAAAGGAUUGUUCGCGAUUUUAUGGCGACCUUUUUGUUGGCACAUCGUUAGGCAUUUAACUUACUUUUUCUUAAAUGGAGAGUUUCUGAAGCUGACGCCGUCUCUAAAGAUAGUAUACAGGAUAUUAUCGCUAACUCCUUUGAUGAAUUAUAUUGGAAUAACAUUGUUCAGCUUUCUAUAUGGAUUUCACAUCCACACCCUCGAUCCGACUACGACCCCAGUAAUUUUCAAUAGGUUCCAAGAUACGAUCGGCAUAGAAGUGUAUUCACAUUAUUCGCAGAAUUUUAACAAUAAGGCCUUUAAUCAGUUUGAUUAUGGAACGCAAAAGAAUUUGGAAUUGUAUGGGCAAUCACAUCCCCCAGCAUAUCCGCUUGAUAAAAUACCAGUUCCCGUCGCCAUGUUUGUCGGUAGGAACGAUUAUCUUGGCACUCUGGAGGCCACAUCAAAAAUGUAUUCGUUGCUGCACUCCCAAGCUCAGUGUUUGUAUCAUAUAGUGAGCGAUCCAAAAUAUUGUCAUUAUGACUUUAUAAUUGCAAAGCAUCAAAGUGUUCUAUAUGAACCCAUGCUGAAAACUAUUAGAUUAAUGGAAGCAAGGACUUGUACAUAACAGAUCACCGAUAUUGUAUAUUUAAUGAUUUUAAUAAAAUGUUUAAACCGGGUGUUAAAUUAUUAGUUGUUCAAGUUUCCUCAUUAGUCGUUUCUCAGCUAAGUUACGUAAGCAUAAUUUGGGAAUGUUUGUGGUGCAUUUAAACUCUGUCAAUAUAGCAUAAUUAUAUUACAAUUUCCUGUAGUUGAUCGCAUAUUUAUUGAAUUAUGACACGCCAGACCAUAAUUUUGGUUAUGUUUGUUGUCAUUUCUAUAUACAAAGAAAAUUAUAUAAAUAAAUGGUAUAGUGAUAUAGCCCAGAACGAAGUUAAAUUCUUAGAACUAGUUGUUUGGUGAUUUAUAGAGGUAGAAGUGUUGCUAUUAAUUUGUUGUGUGUGUUUUUUUUUUGCAGGUGAGAGACUGUCAAUUUGUUCAAUAUGCAACAGGUCGUUUACGAGAAAUCAGUAUCUUGUGAAACAUUUAAGAACACACACCGGCGAAAAACCUUAUACUUGCGAUAUAUGCUACAGAAAAUUCACCCAGUCGUCCAGU